GAAAAAAAAAGAAGACGAUAUGUCAAAUAUUUUUGAGGUUAUCUCUGUUAGUUUACAUUCCAAGACAACGGAAAAUAUAGUUUUUAUGGUUUAAUUUUUAAUAUUUGAAGAUAAAUUAGUGAUAUUUCAGUUGGUUACUCUUCAUAAUGUCGUCCGACAGCGGUUCUGAUAGCGAGUCCAACAGAAGUCGUUCACCAAAUCCAAAUGAAAGUCCCGGCGGUGUAGAGAACCGAUCUAAUGGUAACGUUUCGCAAGCAGAAAGCUCUUCACGUCCAGGUAGCAGACAGUCUGGUCGCUCUGGAAGUGGCUCAAGAUCGCCUUCAGGUAGUGCAGGUUCAGCUAGGUCUAGAUCCCAAAGAUCACAAAGCCCUUCCGGGUCACACAGAUCAGCUGCAUCUAAGAGGUCUGGAUCAGCGGAUUCCAAAAAAUCUAGAUCUCUAUCACCUUGGGAAACGCCAGUCUCAAAGAGAUCAGGCUCUGCGGAAUCACACAGAUCUAAGUCACAAGACUCCCAAAAGUCUGGUAAUCAUAGUCCCCGUUCACAAAGGUCUGGAUCGGGGGAUCGUUCAAGGUCACACUCCAGGGACUCAGCUAGGUCUGUGUCACAGAGGUCAAGAUCAGGCUCAGCAACAUCUAAAAGAUCAGGUUCAGCAACAUCUAAAAGAUCAGGCUCAGCAACAUCUAAAAGAUCAGGCUCAGCAGCAUCUAAAAGAUCAGGCUCUGCCAGUUCAAAAAAAUCUGAACAUUCUAGGCAUUCUGGUUCACCUCAUUCUAGAAGAUCUGGAUCACAUACUUCGAGAAGGUCUGGUUCACACGUGUCCCGAAGAUCUGGGUCACAUAUUUCUAGAAGAUCAGGAUCCCAAGCUUCUGCCAGAUCUGGGUCAAAUGCUUCUAGAAGGUCAGGUUCAAAUGAAUCUAAGAGGUCUGGAUUAGCUGCUUCAAGAAGAUCCGGAUCGGCACAUUCCAGAAGAUCUGGAUCAAAAGAGUCAAGGAGGUCAGGAUCAAAUGAAUCUAAAAGAUCCAGGUCAAGAUCUGCAGGGUCCAGAAGAAGUAAUAGUGCAGGGUCACAUAGAUCUAAAUCUGCAGGAUCCAGAAGAAGUAAUAGUGCAGGAUCGCAUAGAUCUAAAUCCAGAUCAAGAUCAACUAGCCCAAACUUGGAAAUUGAUGAACAGGGGUCUCCAAAAAGCGAUAAAAGUAGUUCUAAAAGACAGAGGGAUAGUUCAGAAGAAAAAGAUAGCAAGAAAAAAUCAAGAGUGAUAGAUACUGACAGUGAACCAGAAGAAGAAAAUGAGAAAGGACUAAGUGCAGCGGCGAUUUUUGGGGACGAUGCUGACGAUAUCAGCGAUGACAGCGACGUGGAAAAAAAUAAAGAAGCAUCGGACAAAGAAGGUGCGAGGAGUAGGAGUAGGAGCAGAUCAAGGAGUAAAUCGAAGAGUAGAAGUCGCAGUAGAAGUGCUGAGAGACGGUCUGGGGACGAAGAAGAUAAACGCGUUGGUAAUGAGGAAGAAGAUAAAGAAAACGAACCAGAACCAAUUCCCGAAACAAGAAUCGACGUGGAAGUGCCCAAAAUCACUUGCGAUUUAGGCAGGGACAUCAAUUUUGUAAAACUUCCUAAUUUCUUGUCAGUAGAAACCAGACCUUUCGAUCCAGAGACCUAUGAAGAUGAAAUCGACGAAGAAGAAACCUUGGACGAAGAAGGUAGGGCAAGGUUAAAAUUGAAGGUGGAGAACACGAUAAGAUGGCGUGACGUUCUUGAUGACGAAGGGAACGUUAAAAAGGAGUCUAACGCUAGGAUAGUGAGAUGGUCGGAUGGUUCAUAUAGUUUACAUCUGGGUUCUGAGAUUUUCGACGUUUACAGGCAGCCUUUGCAAGGCGAUCAUAACCACCUGUUCAUUCGUCAAGGAACCGGUCUUCAAGGUCAGGCGGUGUUUCGAACGAAACUCAGCUUCAGGCCUCAUUCGACCGAGAGUUUCACGCACAGAAAAAUGACACUUUCAUUGGCUGACAGAUCUCAGAAAACGUCAGGCAUCAAGAUUUUGUCGCAAGUAGGCGUCGAUCCUGACAACGACCGUGCUAUCAGACUGAAGAAAGAAGAGGAGAAGCUGAGACAGACUGCUAAACCCAAAACAACUCAGCGUAAGAAGAGUGACUCAGGUGCUAGAGCUCAUGCUGUUAGAGAAUCAUACAGGGAAGAGGAAGGCAGUGACGACGAAGGCGCUAUAUCGCUGAACGCGAUUAAAAACAAGUACAAACCAGGAGCAAACGCACCCAAAGGAGGUGCGAUAUAUUCUUCAGAUGAAGAAGGUUCUGAUGUAGAGAGCAGAAGAGCAAGGAAAUCAGACAAAACCAGGGCGCUACAGGAAUCGGAUGAUGAAGAAAGCGGUAGCGAUGAAUAAUGUAUAUAAGAUAAACGUUCUGGUUUAAAAUUAUUUUAAAUAAAUUGUGACAAAAUAAUAAAUAUAAGUAAAUA